AUACUAUUUUGAUUACUGUAGCUUUGUAGUAUUAGUUGAAUUACGAAGAAGCAUGAAACCUCCAGUUACGUUUUUUUUCAAGCUUGCUUUAUCUAUUCAGGGUUAUUGAUUUGAAUAUGUUUAGAACUAUCCUUGCAGCCCAGGGAUAAAUUCCACUUGAUUAUGAUAUAUUAUCCUUUUAAUAUGUUGUUGAAUUUGGUCUGCCAAUAUUUUGUUGGGAAUUUUUGCAUCAUUAGUCAUCAGGGAUAUUAGAAUAUAGUAUUCUUGUAGUAUCCUUGUCUGGCUUUGUUUUCUGGGUAAUCUGGCUUUGUAAAAUGACUGUUCCCUCCUUUUCAGCUUUUGGAAGAGUUUGCAAGACUUGGUUUUAAUUCUUCUCACAAUUAAAGUUCACCAAGGAAACCAUCUUAUUUCUCAUUGUAUACCAUUGUGGUUGGAAUAGAUUAUUUGUAUGAUUUCAGUCUUCCUAAAUUUGCUGAGACUUGUUUUUUUAUCUAUCAUACAAUCUAUCAUGGAGGGUGUUCCUUGUGCACUAGAGAGGAGUGUGUAUGCUGGUGCUGUUGUAUAGAAUGUUCUGUAUAUGUCUGUUAGGUUUAUUUGUCUAAAGUAUGAGUCAAGUCCAGUGUUCCCUUGUUGAUUUUCUGUCUGUAUGAUCUAUUCAUUGCUGACGGUGGGGUAUUAAAUUCCUCUACUAUUACCACAUUGUUUAUUUUUCCCUUCAGAUCUGUUAGUAUUUGCUUAACAUAGUUAGGAGCUCUGAUGUUAGGUACAUAUAUAUUUCUACUUGUUACACCCUCUUAAUGAAUUGACACCUUUGUCAUUUAUUAUAAUUGACCCCUAUAUUGCUUAUUAUAGUUCGUGACUUAAAGUCUGUUUUGUCUGAUAUAUGUAUAGCUAAAUCUGCUAUCUUCUGCUUUCCAUUUGCAUAGGAUAUCUUUUUCCAUCCCUUUACUUUGAGUCUGUGUGUGUCCUUACAACUGAAAUGACUCUGUAGGCAGUGUAAAGUUGGAUUCUGUUUUUUUAUCCACACAGCCACUUUAUUCCUUUUUAUUGGGGAAUUUAGUCCAUUUAUUUAAAGUAAUUAGUAGGUAAGGACCUACAAAUGCCAGAUUAUUAGCAUUUGCUGGCUGUUUUGUACUUUCCAUGUUCUUUCCUCAUCUUUUGCUGUCUUUGUGAGUUGAUGAUUUUCUGUAGUGGUUUGCUUUCAUUCCUUUUCUUUAUCUUUUGUGUAUAUAUUGUAGGUUUUGCUUUGUGGUUACUCUGUGACUUAGAAACGUCUUGCAGAUACAACAGUCUAUUUCAAGCUGAUUACUUCAAUAGCAUACAAAAACUCAACUCUUUUACUAACCCCACCAUUUUGUUUUUGAUGUCAGAAAUAACAUCUUUUUAUAUCCUGUAUUCAGGAUUUUUUAAAACAUUUUUGUCCUUUAACCUUUACAUAAGAAUUAAGUGAUGAACACAUAACCAUAUUACAGUAUUUGAGUAUUCUGAAUUUGAUUAUAUAUUUAUCCUUAUCAGUGUUUUAUCAUUUUGUAUAUUUCUUUUUCAUAUCAGCUUAAAAGACACCUUUCACCAUUUCUUGUAAAGCAAGACUAGUGGUGAUGAAUUCCUUCAGUUUUUGUUUAUGUAGGAAAGUCUUUAUCUCUCCUUCAUUUCUGAAGGACCACUUUACCAGAUAAUAUAUUCUUAGAUGGAAGUUUUUGCUUUGAGCACUUUGAAUAUAUAUCAUCCCACUCUUUCCUGCCUACACAGUUUGCUGAGAAAUCCAGAUAAACCUACAGGAGUUCCCUUGAAUGUGAGGAAUUUUUUUUCCUCUUGUUGCUCUUAAAAUUUUCCCUUUGUCUUUGAUUUGAGACAGUUUUAUCAUAAUGUGCCUCAGUGAAGGUGUUUUGUGGGUAAAAUUAUUUGAGGAUUUCUAAGCUUCACAAACUUGGAUGUCCUAAUCUCUCCCAAGAUUGAGGAAGUUUUAUUUCCUUAAGUAAGCUUUCUUUCCCUUUCUCCCUCUCUUCUUCUGUGACUCCAAUAAUGCAUAGAUCUUUUAAUGGCAUUUCAUGGUUCAUGUAGGCUUUCUUUGUUCUUUUGUAUUAUUUUUUUCUAUAUUCUCUGACUGGAUAAUUUCAAAAGACUGUCUCCUGCCUCACAGAUUCUUUUCUUUUCUUGAUUCAGUCUGCAAUAGAUUAUAUUUUGUCUAAUUUUUCAUUUCAUUCAUUGUGUUCUUUGGUUGAAGAUUUUUCUAAGAUUGGUCUUUUUGUAAAACUUCAAGUAUUGUGGAUUAUUUUCCUAAUUUCAUUUAAUCAUCUUCCUGUGUUUUCUUGUAGCUGACUGAGAUUCCUUAAAACAACUAUUUUGAAUUUCUUACGGAAAUCAUAGAUGUCAAUUUCUUUGGGUCAGUUACAGGAAAAUUAUUGUAUUCUUUGGUACUGUCAUGUUUUCUUGACUUUUCAUGUUCCUUGCAUUCUUGCUUUGCUAUCUUCCCUUUUGAAGAUGUAGUCACCUGAUCCAGUCUUCACUAACUUUGGGAAGAAUUACCUUCUGUCAGCCCUGUUGGGGAUUCUAAGGCUUUCUUCAACCUUCUAUAGAUAUAUCUGCCCCACAUUUUCUUGUUCCUCUUGAAUUCUCAAGAUUGUAUGCCUUUUCUCAAUACUGCAAAGCCAGGUGCUUGCUGGGUGCUGACAGCCUCCCAUUUGCUUUCCUUUGGCAAUCCUGAAUGGUCAGGUUUUAGUGCUUUCUCCCAAUGCUACAGAUUUAGAUUGGCUUUCUGCAUGUGUUCACCAGCUGUCUACAAAGGCUCACUCUUACCGCUGUAGGGGGUGCACAUAGGAAGGCAGCUGCAAUGUGAGAGUGGGAUGUAGGUGAGGCACAUGAAGUAUUAGGGUUGUUAAUGAUGAGUUGGUGUGAUCUGUAGGCAAAGCAUCCCCAGUGGCUCCAUCUUCCUGAUGGAGUCUGUGAAGUGGUUUAGUAGGAUCUUUGUUCCUUUUGUACCCUCUGAGAGCUCUGACUGCUCCCCACCACCCAGUCAAUCACUCAGCACACCUCAGUAUUCUGGAUGAGUGAGAAAGAACUGUGUUUCUUGAUUGGCAUCCCACACAACUAGAGAACCUGGGUACUCACAUGCUCUCACUUCCCCCAUGAGUAAAUAAUAGGCUGAGAAGGUCUUUCUUGGCACUGAGCUUUGCCACUUUGGCCAGGGGAGUGACAUGGGUAGUAAAGUGAAACUGUUCCUCUUUUUUCUUCAAUGUGUCCACUCAUGGAUUUUCUUUUUGCCCCAAUGGUUUGCUGGAAUUUCCCUGCUGGACUCCUGGACUUUUACAAGGACAUUGUCAUCUAUCUCUCCUCUUCAGAAUCUGCCCUUCUUCAAGAGGGGCGUAUUCUACUCCCAUCAGCCAGUUUUCAGGAAUCAGUGACCUUCAAGGAUGUGAUAGUGGACUUCACCCAGGAAGAAUGGAAACAGCUGGAUCCUGUGCAGAGAGAUUUGUUCAGGGAUGUAACAUUGGAAAAUUAUACACACCUGGUCUCUAUAGGGCUCCAAGUUUCCAAACCUGAUAUGAUUUCCCAGUUAGAACAAGGAACAGAGCCAUGGACUGUGGAACCUGGCACUCCAGCAGGUACUGGAGACUGGGAAAUGAUACUGGAAAAUAGCAUAGUAGCCCCAGAGCUGGACAUUUCUGAAAAACAAUCAUCUAAAGAGGCAAGAGUGGAAAAACACAAAAGGGAUGAACAUUGCAGUUCCAACUUCUUAGAGAGUUGUGUAUCUGAAGGCAGUGUAGAGAGGCAGCAGACAAACCAACAGACACUGCCAAGAGAAGUAAAAUUAACUGAAAAGACAGUGCCCACAUGGGAGAGAGGCCCUGUAAAUAAUGAUCUUGAAGAAAGCAUCAAUAUGAGUUCAAACAUUGUAACACAAUGGGAAACAUAUCCACAAGAGACCUCUACUAAAACAAGCAACAAACAGACUUUAAAGCCAGUUAAAAAAGAAAAAUCUUGUAGGUGCAACGAAUGUGGGAAAGCUUUUAGUUACUGUUCAGCUCUCAUUCGCCACCAGAGAACACAUACUGGAGAAAAACCGUACAAAUGUAAUGAAUGUGAAAAAGCCUUCAGUCGGAGUGAAAACCUUAUAAACCAUCAAAGAAUUCAUUCUGGAGAUAAACCAUAUAAAUGUGAUCAGUGUGGAAAAGGCUUCAUUGAGGGUCCAUCUCUUACUCAACAUCAAAGAAUUCACACUGGAGAAAAACCCUAUAAAUGUGAUGAAUGUGGGAAAGCCUUUAGUCAAAGGACCCAUCUUGUUCAGCAUCAGAGAAUUCAUACUGGUGAGAAACCAUAUACCUGUAAUGAGUGUGGAAAAGCCUUUAGCCAGAGAGGCCACUUUAUGGAACAUCAGAAAAUUCAUACAGGAGAAAAACCUUUUAAAUGUGAUGAGUGUGAUAAAACCUUUACCAGGAGCACACACCUUACUCAACAUCAAAAAAUUCAUACUGGAGAGAAAACCUAUAAAUGUAAUGAAUGUGGGAAGGCCUUUAAUGGGCCCUCAACAUUUAUCCGUCAUCAUAUGAUUCAUACUGGUGAAAAACCUUAUGAAUGCAAUGAAUGUGGAAAAGCCUUCAGUCAGCACUCAAACCUCACUCAACAUCAGAAAACACAUACUGGGGAGAAACCUUAUGAUUGUGCUGAAUGUGGAAAGUCUUUUAGUUACUGGUCGUCCCUUGCUCAACAUCUGAAAAUUCAUACUGGAGAAAAGCCUUACAAGUGCAAUGAAUGUGGAAAGGCCUUCAGUUAUUGUUCAUCCCUUACUCAACAUCGGAGGAUUCACACCAGAGAAAAGCCCUUUGAAUGCAAUGAAUGUGGAAAGGCUUUCAGUUACCUCUCAAACCUUAAUCAACAUCAAAAGACUCAUACCCAAGAGAAAGCUUAUGAAUGUAAGGAAUGUGGGAAAGCCUUUAUUCGGAGUUCAUCUCUUGCUAAACAUGAAAGAAUUCAUACUGGUGAGAAACCCUAUCAGUGUCAUGAAUGUGGAAAAACCUUCAGUUAUGGCUCAUCCCUUAUUCAACAUAGGAAAAUACAUACUGGAGAAAGACCUUACAAGUGUAAUGAAUGUGGGAGAGCAUUCAACCAGAACAUACACCUUACACAACAUAAGAGAAUUCACUCAGGAGCAAAGCCUUAUGAGUGUAAUGAGUGUGGUAAAGCCUUUCGACAUUGUUCAUCUCUUACUCAACAUCAAAAAACUCACACAGAAGAAAAACCCUUUCAGUGUAAUAAAUGUGAAAAAGCUUUCAGCCAGAGCUCCCAUCUUACUCAGCAUCAACGAAUUCACACUGGAGAGAAGCCCUAUAAGUGCAAUGAAUGUGACAAAGCCUUUAGCCGGAGCACUCAUCUGACUGAACAUCAGAAUACUCAUACUGGAGAGAAACCUUAUAACUGUAAUGAAUGUAGGAAGACUUUCAGCCAGAGCACUUACCUCAUCCAGCAUCAGAGAAUUCAUUCAGGAGAGAAACCUUUUGGAUGUAAUGAUUGUGGAAAGGUCUUCAGAUACCGUUCUGCUCUCAAAAAACAUCAGAGACUUCACUCUGGCAUAUGACAGCCCUAGGAACAUUGUAGGGUAUGCUUUUACUAUAGUUUGAUCUUUUAAGUACUGAAGAAUUAGAAUGGAUUGAGAAACUGAUUAAAAUAUUUUAACUUUUCAUUAUCACACUAUGGAAUGAAAGCACAUUGAACUGAAGUAAUACAGUUAUGGGUGACAUUGGAAAAUUCAGCUGUUUUAAGGUUCAAUUUCCUCUGAAAUGAGGGAUUUGGAAUAGAUGAUUUCAAAGGUUGUUUGGUUUUAUAUUCAGUUUUGUAUAUUCACAAUAUAUUCUUGAAUAGGAUUAAUCUAUAUCAGCAUUUUGCUAUGUUAUACCUAGAACGUAUAUAUUUAUGCAUGUUUGGACAGUAGAAAGCAUUUGUGCUUCAGUAACUAGACCAGUGAUCUAUAAUGCUCCUGUUCUAAUGCUUUUCAGUUGUUUGACUAGUUUCUAAUAAAAAGAUUAUAAAAUAUCCUCAAAUUAAUAACUAACAUAUUAUGGUUUAGCUCAAUGCAAGUAUUAUUUUUCUAUUAUUUUUCUCUUAUAGUAUGUUUUAAGAUUCUAGGAGUUUAUCACAAUUAUAGAGCUUUUCUGCAGCUUAAACCAGUGUUAUUUAACCUUUGCUGCAUAGUGGAAUUAGUUUGGGAACUUCAUAAUUUAUUACCAAAGCCCCAUUCCAAGAGAUUAAAUUAAUUAGCCAGCUGUGUAAGACCCAGGCUUCAGGGCUGGUUUGUUUUUAACUCUUAAUGUGCAACUUGGAGAGAACAGCCAGAUUAGAUUUCAGUAUCCAUUCCUUUAGUUAGUUUCUUGUGGCUCCUCCUAGAAGCUUCACAGAUUAGUUGCUCAGUAUAAUGUCAUUUUGACUGUCAUCUUUGUAAAUUGGGUUUUCACAAGCUUUUGGAGGUAAAGUGCAGAAAUUAAUUGUGUAAAAAUGAAUCAUUUUACUUGCUUUCUCUUGCUCCCUCCCCUGCCCUGAUAUCAGAAGCAGAGGACACUAAGAGUGACACUCCCGGAAAUGUGCAGCCCACAGCCUGCAAGACCAUUUGUGGCAAUUCUAGUCAGGAUAAUGUUUAGCCAUAAAGAAACUGUUCCCUUACAUUUUUUCCAGGUACAGUCUAAUAAUCAGGUCAGCUCUUUUAACAGCAACUGAUAGUUUUCCAGUCUAGCCUUGACAGUGGAGAGCUAUGAGAACAGGGGGUAGCAUAGAAACUGAUCAUUAUUUAAAUAUAAGGAGAACUAAACUCUUCCCACAAAUGAGGUUUGGGGGAGUGAGCACUGCAUAUUUUUACAAGUGAAAAAAUCAGUGCAGUCUUUUUUGCUUAUAUAAAUGCCAGUGACCUGCACUGGAAUUUUGUCACCUCUUUAACUGAAAAUGCCAUACAGUGAAAAACAAUUCAGGAAAUAAUGUAGCCAAUUAAAUCUCAGAAUCUUUUCUGUUGUGAUCUGAAACAUCUAUAAAGGAAUGUCAUCUUGAUAUUAAGAAAUUAAAAAGUGUUCCAUUAUGUAGGAAUUACCUGUUGCAAAGAGGUAGAAACUGGCAAAGUGAAAUGGAUCUCAGGUUAUAAGGCAAGCUUUGGUUGGAUCUGAGCUACUCCUACAGUACAAGGAAAUGAAGUUUCUAUAUCCAGAUGAAGGGUCAUUUUGUUUCACUGAAGAUCCCAAAAUGUAAAACAGUCUGUCGGGAAGACUGCUUUCCUUGUGCCACUCUGAUUCCUAUGUGAAGCAAGAGAAUUGAUGUACAAAUCUAUAAUUAACCCUGAAAGAUCCCACUCUGUCCCAUUAAUUUGAUCUCUUCACAGAUACUGUCAGAUCAAACCCCGAGUAACAAGAAUAUGUGAUCACUGCUUAAUUCCUCUUUUAUGCCUGCUUGUACUCCAUCUUCCUCAUCUUCCUCAUCUUUGGAAAUGUGUUACCCACUCCUAGAUAAUACAGGCCUAGUGAAGGGAUAUGCUGUGAGGCUCCAGUAAUUAACAUGAUCUUGGUUUCUGUGUCUCCUUUUUGAAUACCUCAAAAACAUCUUUAUAGCUAUCCCAGAAGAUAUUUGUUUCCCCAAGUGGGUAUGUUUUUAAUUGCUGCUCUUAAUCAUGUUAAUCUAACUAAACUAAACUAAACUGGUGAACUAAAGUUUUGUCCCUUAUUACCUGACAUGUCCUUUAACCAUGCAGUUACCUUUUUCUCUGCUUCUCACCCCUACCUUAAGACCAGAGGGGAAGUUGAGUGGUUUCUUAGUCUUUUAAAAUUAAUUAUGUCAUUUAUAUGCUAUAAGCUCCUAGCAUGACAUACCUGAAACAUCAUCUCAGUAUCACACUGAAAGUGGAGUAAAAUUAAAAUCUAAAGGGGAAAAUUGAAAGUUAGAAGUUAGAGUUUUUUUCUUAAAGUAGCAGAAGGAUUCACUUUAGAUGUCUAACAUCCAUUGACCAAACUUCAGAAAUAUAAUCUCAGAAUUAAUAAAGCCAGACAGUACUUUAUGAGACAAAGAAUUCUCUACUAUUUACAAAAAAAUUCUAAACCUUCAUAUGUAGUUUCUUUGGAUCAGUGUCCAAGAUUGAGCAUGCAGAGACCAAGCGUUUUGCUCCAGGUCCUAGAUUGACAAUUUCCUUAUCUGUCACCAGAUCAUAGAAAAUUGGGCCAUCUGACUAGUUUUUGUCAAAUAACUGGGUGAGGGAAGAGGGAAAGGGAGAGAUAUCACAAAGCCUAGUCAGUCAUUCUUAAACAUUUAGGUAGACAUUAAAAAUCAUUCAGCACAGCCAAUGCGUAAGAGAUACCUGAUCUUAUAGAGGUUGGAGUUGAGAAGUGGACAAAACCAAAUUUGCAUUUGCAGAGCUCACAUCCUAUUUUAAAUGUGUGAAAUGUCAAAAGUGUUAUAAAUGUUAUAAAUAACACUAGAGCAGCAUGAAGGGCUUGUGAGGAAUCCUCACAUGUUGGCUGGGAACUGCCUUUCUAAUGAAAUUUCAUUGCAGUAUAGACUGGAGGAAAUGAAGAAAUGAACCAAGUAGAUAUCUGGGAGAAAAACGUUACAGACAGAGGAACCAGUAGCAACAAAGGUCCUGAGAUAGGAGCAUCUUUGUCAGUUUUAGGAACAUUGUCAGUUUUAGGAACAUCUUAGUUUUAAAGCAUCUUUGUCAGUUUUAGAGCACAAUGAGUAAGUGGUAGAUGAAGUCAGAGAGAGAGCUGGGAAACGGUUCAUGCAGGGCUUCUUUGUCAUGAAAAAGAUCGGGCAUUUUAUUCAGAAUGAGAUGGUAGGCCACUGGAGAAUGUUGAGCUGAGGACUGACAUGAUUUAAUUAUGUUUUAAAAGGGUCACUUGCUUGCCGCAGUGUAGGGAAGAGACUGUAGGGGUCACAAGUUCAUCAGAGGUCUAGUUGGAAUGCUAGUCCAGGUAAGAGCAAAUGUGGUUUAGAGAAAGAUAUUAAUAAGUUGUAGGAAGUAGUUAGAUUGGAAAUGUAUUUUGAAAAUACAGACAAUUUGCUGAUUGUUUGUAGACAUGGAAGUAUGAGAGAAAGAGAAACUAGAAUGGUUCUAAUGGCUUUGGCCUGAGCACCUUUAAGAAAGGAGAGGCUGUGUACCACAAUGGAGAAUAUCAAGGAAGAAGCAAGUUGACAGAAGGCUUGAGGAAUCAGAAUUCAGUUUUGGAACUUUAAACACAGACAACACAAAAUGUAAGCGUACAAACUGAACACAUCUGUAAAUAAUCACCCAGGUCAGGAAAUAGAGCAUUACUACAUCCCAGUAACCUCCUUCCAAUCACAACCUCUUUCUUCCCCAAAGGUAACCACUAUCCUCAGUUCUAAUGCCAUUUAUAUUAGUUUUGCCUGUUCUUGAUUUUUGUUAGAGGUGAAAUGAAAGGAGAUAAGGCAUAGGAUAGUUAGCUCUUACGAGUGGGAAAGUGAAUUGACUAAGGAAACAUAGGAGUGGAGGGAAGCCCUGAUAGUUCCUUUGAGGUAUUCAACCAUGAGUUUUAAAUCAUCAUCUUUGAGUUUUCUUUGGCUAUGCUCAGUUGCAUGGGGGCAGGGAUGGAAGGAGCUGAAUAUUGGUUUUAACUAGGAUUUCUCAAAGAGAGGACAGUUGAUCCAAGAGAGAGAGAGGAGAGCAAGGGUCAUUGAAAGAGGGUUUGUAAUAAAGACCUAUAGAAUUUAAACUGGGAGGAAAUGAAAAGUAAAGGCUAAAUUGGGGGUGUAAUUAAAAAUUGCAAGACAGUACAAGAGGGAAGAAAUUGAAAGAGAUGAUAGGAAAUGGGAUGCUUGAAUUGGGUUUUGAAGAGCAUACGUACUGGUAAUGAUACAAGGUCUAGAGUGUAACUGUGGGCAUAAAUGCCUGAGGGGGUAAAUGGGACCAGAUCAUUGGAGGAGAGGAGGCCAAAGACUUGAGAGCCUGGGGUGUUGGAUGGAUUGACUAUAUACAUAUUAAAAUCACCAAGUAUAAUGGUCUGAGCAGCCAUGGGAAGAUAAGGCAAGUGUUAUAAUCUCCAGUGAAUGAGGGAGUGACUUGGGAUCAGUAAAUGAUUUCAACCAGAAGAGGUAGUGGUGCCAGAUGUCUUGGAGCUGAAGGGUUCUAGGGAGAAGGCAGAAACCAUGGCCUGUAAGUGGCAAUAAAGAGCAAGAAGAACAUUUACCUCACUUCCAGGCUCAGUUAAGUCUGCUUAUGUAAGAGAUACAAGGGAAGAAGAGCAAUCACGUGAAGGAAUAUUCUGGAAGAAACUCCAGAAUUAUUUGGAGAAUUGUUUUCAGAGUCUGAUGCAUUUUCUUGUGAAUUCUCUCAUUGUGACAAGUGCAAAUGAGAAAGUGGAUUUGGGAAUUUGGGAACAUUUUGAAUCAAUAAUAAAUAGUAAUUACAGAGACUGGGGUUGUCUUAUCUUACAGUAAAGAGGAAGAAGAAAGGCAGUGGAAGAGGGCACAAGCCCCUAAGCACACUAUCUCAAAUGGUAGGCACUCAGUAGAAUUUAUAAUUAUGUAACUGGUUGAAAGUUAAGUAGGGCUAAUGCAUUAUAAGCAGGGAAAGGGGUAAAUAUUCACCAUAAGGAUGCUAUUAUUUUUGGGGAAAGUAAUUAGGCAAAUUAUAGCAUCCAGGCUGGAAAUAAUAGGAAAUGAAACUAGGAAGGGGUUGAGAAAACAGAAGGGCACAGAGCCCAUGACGGAAUAGUGUGUGCAUGAGGUGCUUAAAGAGCUAAAGAGAGAUAUGACAAUGUUGGUAUGAUCUGUAUCAGGGUAUUUCAGCAUGAUCCAAAACAUUCUGAAUCACACCCUAACUCCCCUUGCACAAAUUUCACAUUUUCUAGGCUGUGUUUUUCUUCCACACCUUUAGUUUCUAAUAACAAGUUGGUUUCCUGUACAGAUGUGCCUACGAGGAAAGAAUGCAAUGUUUAUACUCACUAAGUAUUCCAGUCCUCAUGGCAGUUGCAGUUUUCAUUGUUAAUAAAGGAGCAUUCUGUAUAUA